AUGUUUGACAUCUUUAUUUUCUUCCUCGUCGAGGUCCCUGGCAUCGGAGGGUCGCCCAAUGCCGACAAGCAGGGUAUGAGGGAAGCCAUGCUCGUGCAGCCGGUGCUGCUGCUCGCCCUCCUCCUGCCCUCCCUCCCAUCGUCCCAUGCAGAUCUUUACUUGGAAGCUUCUCCAGGACGAGCAGUGGGGGGCACCAUGAUAGUUCCGAGGACUUCCCUCCGGAUCUUGUUGGGAGGGACAUACAACACCAAUCAAGUCCCUGCAAGUGGAGACAAGUUGUACAUGAUCAGCUCUGCCGGCAGCUGCACCUCUGCCUUGGCCACAAUCUCAGCGAGCGCGUUGACCAACGCAACAGUAGGCGACCUGCGAAGUGCUGUUAUGGAUUUCACCAAACUUUCACCAGCUAUCAACAAGAUGUGCAUCUGCCCAGCCUCUUCGAAAACGGGAGCCUGCUUUCUUGGUGGGAACAUGGAAGUUCAAGAUAAUCUGAUAGGAAUUCAACUGGAUGAUGUGAUUGGAUACAAUUUGACGAUUCCGCAGCAGAUCUGUAAUUUUUCAGAUUGUACCAAGCAGAUAAAAGCAAAACUCUCCACAUACAACCGAAAAUCACAGGCACUGGGAGAUAUAGCUGCAAUUCUACCAGAGAAAACAUGCUCAAGUAUUACAAGCAAAGCUUCAACUUCGUCUCAAGCUGUACUAGUGUCUGGUCUGAAUUACAUCUAUCCUUCACAAGCGCUCAACAGUAUGACAAGUGGAAUGUACAAGAUCUGCUAUAAUCUGUUUGCUGGGUCAACCAACUGGUUGGAAUCUGGGGUCUUCGUCAACUUGCAAUCAAAGGUUGCUCACAUCGAAGCGAACGGAAUCCCCGCGAUCAGUAUUUAUGUCCCACAAGCUUUGAAUCAACUGAUUAGGGUGUGUACCAAUUGGAAUUGUACCUCAACCCUUGGGGCUGGAGAUCAAGUUUCCUUCAUCCCUGUCGCUCAAAUGUGUGAAUCCUCAACGAACCCAGCUUCUCCAACGCAAGGAUACUCGGGUUUCCUCUCUCCAGCAUCCUCUGGAUUUCUUGGUCCGCAGUCUGCCGUAGACAGUAUCUUGAAGUCAGGUGGGUUUCUACCGCCAGCUACCUACCAGCUCUGCUUCAAAAAAGCGGGGAGCAGCUUUUGGUCAUCGACAGGAACAUACCUGACGGUACAGAAACUGAUCUUCGGUCUUGAAGUCAACGGGCUGAGCCCUCUGAAUGGGCUGAAGGUCACGAUUCCGAAGACAAGCAAGAUUGUGCUGAAGUAUCUGAGUGUGAAUGAUGGGAGUCCUGGCGACUCCGUUGCCUUGAUUGAGGUCUGGAAAAGCUGCAGCGACCUCUGCCAAACGCAGAAGAUCAAGGAGUGCGACCCAAGCGUGCCGGAUCAGUUCGCCGCCUCCAACUUCUUGAGCGCUCACGGGAAUGACAAAGUGCUCGGGUCAACCACCUGCCUCGGUUCGUUUGAGAAUUCCUGCAGCCCGUCCACGGAACGGCGGCUGGUCAAUCUCUCCUUCACCCCGAGAGGAAGCUAUCAGGUGUGCUUCAGGCCUGCUGCUGCGUGCUCCUACUUCGAGUGCUGGCCUGUCUGGAGCCCUACGGGAGUAUCUGUGCAGAUACAAGACUCCAUUACCAGCAUCGAGCUCAACGGAGCCAUAGGAGGGAACAACAACCUAGGAGAUGGCCAGAGGAUCAGGCUGCCACCUUUCGACUUCCACAGCCUCGUGUACUAUGGGGCCACAGCGAAAAUCUCUAUCGGGCUGAUGAGAGCAAAUGAGGACUGCACCCAAGCAAGCAUCAGCCUGCAGCUGACUUUCUCAGGUCCUGGACAGCCCGCAAAUGUGACGGAGACCCGUCGAAUCUUCGGGACGAGCGGCAGCCUCGUCCCAGCCACUUACACUGUGUGCUAUACCUCGGCAUCUCAAUCCGCUGCCGGUUUCAUGAACUCAGGGAUUUCUUUGACUCUGCAGACUGAGAUUGCUGGACUGCAGGUCAACGGGAUCAGACCCAACGCUGGGAUCAUCACAGCCAUCCCGACGGACCCCAAGGUCACCCUCGUUUCCUUUGGGCCUCGAGCUCCGGUGCUGGGAGAUGAAAUCUCCCUCCUCCCCCCCCGGCUGGACUGCGAGAACCCCUCGCACAUCCCAGCGUCUUUUGACGGGAUCACUUCAGGUCGGCUCAGUUUGGUUUCCCUGUCGUCAGCUUCUGGCCCUGACUCGCUGACUUUCUCGCCGCUUCUCUUUCUCACUCAGCUGCCGACCUCUACCUACAAGAUCUGCUUCCGCCCCAACGGCACGUCGCCGACUAGUGUGGACACAGGCUUCCGUACGGCUGGACUCCUGACCUCUCCCCAAUCAGCGUUGACGGGCCUGUUCGUGAACAUGCCUCUCACAUACACCCCCAACCAAGAGGGCAGAAACCCUGGCCUGCGAACUGUCGUGGCAAAGAACGUUGGGAACCUUAUAAGGCUAACUUCGGUCGGCUCAGUCUCCUUUAUCCCCCAUCAGCUCAACUGCCUUGACCUCGUCAACGACAACCCCCCGCUCGGCCCCGCCGGUCAGUACCUACACAUGAACACGCUCAGCCCUUACCAGACGCUUGACAUCAACCUGGUGGACAAUCUCUUCGGGCCCGUCGGAGUUCUCGGCGUCGGCCUCUAUCAAGUUUGCUUCAAGCCGUCGGGCGCCUUGACGUUCAUGACGACGGGGAUAGCCGUCAAGGUGCAGGAGGACGUGAUUCAGCUCACCGUCAACGACUGCACUCCCAACAACGGCCUGCGAGUCGCCAUGCCCAAGUCAUCUCAGAACAUCUUGAGGAUCCUGUCUGGAAAUCAGCUGACGGGGAGCACCAGCGACAAGAUCUCCCUCAUCUUGCUGAGCGGUGACUGCACCUUGAGGGACGACAACCCGCCAGCCUUGGGCUCGAAGUUCUCAGGUCACAUCAGCGCCGUCGACAACCUCUUCUCGUUUGUCGAUCUCUCAGGUGUGCCGAGCAUGAGCACGGGUUUCUAUCAGAUCUGCUUCAAGUCGAAUACCUCCUCCUCCUUCGUCAGCACCGGGAUCGUGAUUGAAAUCCAGCAGGAGAUCUUCUCCCUGGUGGUCAACGAGGUCUCUGCUUUGUCUUCCUCUGCCCUCAAGGAGCGAGGGAAUCUCCUUGGCUACUGCCUUGACUCCUCUUGCUCCACCCCCGGCAGGAUCGGAGACGCCGUCACGUUCAUUGGCAACUGGUUCUCUUGCGAGGACGAGGUGGCCGUGAACUCGCUCCUCGCUCUCAGCGCCAAGACAACCGACAGGACCUUCCCCACGGACUCUUCCUCCUCCUCCGUCGUCAUCGACACCUUCUUGAGUGCUGAGGGGCUGCUGGACUACGAAGUCUAUCAGAUCUGCUUCCGCAAAGCCGGAAGCAGCACAUGGAGGAGCACGGGACUGUCGCUGCGAGUUCACGAUGACGUGCUGGGGGUGGUUGUCAACGACGUGAUGCCUCGUUAUGGCCUCAGGGCGGCUGCUCCCAGGAGCGAGGGCGCAAAGUUCAGCUACUACAGGAGCAGGAUCGGAGAGCCGGGAGAGACGCUCUCCAUGAUCCCCGCAACCCUCAGCUGCUCGAACCCCAACAACAACCCAGCAGGGGCAAGCGCGAACUCCACCGGCCACCUCAUCUUCCAGGACACGAGCAGGACGGUGCUCCUCCCCUCCCAGCUCGCCAUCAUGCUGCCCGGGCUCUACCAGGUUUGCUACAGGGGAAGGACGGACAAGUUCUUCUCCUCCACGGGGAUUUCUUGCCGUCUGCAGGACACCCUUACGUACAUCAAGGUGAACAGCCAGCCUCGCGCUCAGUCUGCCGUCCUGCUCAAGUCCGACGGAGUCGCCAUGGCGUUCGAGGGCAGCGCUCAGCUGCAGAAGGCAACCAAGGCCUCGCUGAUCAUGAGCAGGGCUGACUGCACGGACACUGCCGUUGCAAACAACGCGCUCGCCGGCCCCUCCCGCUCAGGACACUCGUUGUUCCUGCUCGCUCCAGGUUUCAACUCCUUCAUUGCCAUGGACACAUCGAUCCUGAAGUCCAGCAACUUCCUCGUCCCCCUCACGUACCAGCUCUGCCUCUUCAUCCCUCCUCCCACCAGCCCAACCGAUCAGGGUUGGAUCUCCACCGGCAUCUCCCUGACCAUCCAGAAUGUCUGCCCAGCUACGAGCGCAGCUGGGAGCUUCGGAUUCCUCGCGGCGUUCGAGAGCAGCAAGAUGCCGUCGCAGAGCAACAUCAUCAACUUCCUUUUCCGCUUCCCCAGUCGUCCUCCCUCCGGCAUCCUCACCAUCUCAGGUCUUACCGGGACGCAGACGGAGGACACGGCGAGCCUGCUGAUCUACGGCAACACAGUGGUGGACGAGGAGCACGUGCUCUCCUGCAGGAGCAACACCACCUGCUCUACAAGGCUCAGCGGCUUCCUGGCUAAUGGAGAGCAGAUCCUUGACGUCCUUCUCCGAGUCGACGUAGCAUGCAGCGACUUUGACAGCUGCGGGGAGGGACUCCAGUCGCUCAGCGUCAACGGCAACAGCCUCGCGCAGCUCCUCAGCCCCGGGCCCUUCGCCUCUUGCAGCAACGCCUGCGGUACCUUCGUUACGAUGCUGCAAGAGACUUCUAUCUCCUCUUUUACAGGAAGGCUCGGAAAAGAGAUAGUCGUGCAGGCGGGCGUGACCUCUCAAGUGAACGCAGGGACGUGCGGCGGCUUCUUGCUUGACGCCAAGAUUCUCAUCAAGGUCAGGAAAAGCCUCUUGUCGACCCACUCGGUCUUGGGAGCCUGGUCCCAGCUAGCAGGCGAGCUCACGAUCCCAUCCAUCCCCUACGACUCUGGAGACUGGCAGCACAUCUCCUUUGCCCUCAUCAACCCCUCCUCCUCCCAGCCUUCCAAGUACCCCUCUGUCUCCUUCUGCUCCUCCUCCUCCUCCUCCUCCUCCAGCUUGUAUGUCCCUGCCACCGCUGCCAGCUCAGUGUUCGGAGGGGACGGGGUGCUGAGCGCGUCGCUCCCUCUUGAUUGGGUUCAUGUCGAGCUAAAGGCCAGCAACGACAGGCUCAGUACGGGAUAUCGAUACACGUUGCAGCUGCUGUCAAACAUCCCCGUCACUUUCCCCGAGUAUGCCGCUAUCACUGUGACAGGAAUCACCAAUACAUUGACCAACGACAACUCAAGGUUCGGUCUGCUGCUGGGUAACUUUCGGCUCACAAACGAGGUCACUUGCCAAGGAAGUGACCUUUGCUCGGCCAUGGUCAACGUGUCUAAGAUGUUAGACUCCGUGUCGUCAUUGUCGCUACACCGAACGACCCUCGACGUGUCCGUCUUCUGCAUCGACUUCGGAGCAAGCAAGAAGUUCAUCUCCUCUAUCAUCAUCUGCCAGUGGAGAGAAGGAGGCUCCCGUUGCCAGGAUGGGACGAUGGUCCCUAGCACUCGCUACAGCGCUGGGCCAUGGCAGGGUUGCGGUCCGUGCAGCCUCGACAAGAGAACAGUCCUACGAAACUUCGACUUGCAGGACCUCGUGGGGCUUUACGGCAAUGUUUUGCAGGUCGAGCUGGUCCCGAGCCCGGACGUGAGCAAGCUGGGAUGCUCCUUCGGGGAGAUGGCGAUUCGAGCAGUCAUCUCCUUAAGCGUCGAGCUCUCGCAAGGGAUCGGCAGCUGGAACUGGAGGAGGGGGCAGCUGAAGUUCCGCCCCCCCGACGGCAUCGCCACAUGCUCGACCCCCUCCAAGGACGACGUCUGCCUCCCCCGCAUCCAGGUACAGUUCGACCUCAAGAACCCCACGACCGGCAACCAAGUCCUCUACCCGAGUAUCAUCGCGCGGGGAGGUGGCUUCCGCUUCCAAACCUACACGCCAGCGAUCGGCAUCGACGUGCUGGCGCAGACGAACCUCUACUUCUACGCGACCGCUACGGAGAGCAACCCCGUGCUAGGGAGCUCUCAGGUGGGAAACGGAAUCAACUCCAUCUCUCUCUCGUUCCAGACGAACAUCAGCAUCCCCUCCGGCACCCUAAUCACCCUCUCUGGCCUUCUUGACAUGGCGACCCCUCCCGCCCUCUGCUCUCCCCAGCUUGCUCCUCCUACCUGCGACACCGGCACUUCCUGCAUCUUCGAAUCGUCCUCAGCCGUCUGCCGACGAGGCGUCCCGAUCUUGGGCACUGACCUCCCUCCCUCCUUCUCGGGCUCGUGGGAUCAGAACGCUGGUACACUCAUCUUCGCCGUCCUCCCAUCGUUCCAGCAAGUCUACGGGCUGGACCUGAGCUUCUCCCUCCGCAACUCGCUCAGACCGAGGACGAGCGCACCCCAGCUGUUUCUCGAGGCGGCGCAUCCAAGCGGGAGCUUCAAGGUGCUUCGGAGCAGAGUGAGGGGGAACGUGACCCUCGGCGAGCUGUUCUUCGCAAACUCCAGCUCGCAGCCCUCGUUCCUGUUCCUGCAGGGCAGCGAGACCCAGAAGGUCGAGCUGGAGAUGAACGAGCUAACGGUCCAGCUGGAGACGAACGUCAGGCUAGCGGCCGGUUGCUGGGUACAGGUCUCCGGCCUCCGAGAUGUCAGAAGGUGGGAGCCGUCGGGGACGAACAUGGUGAAGACGGGAGAAAUUAUCGAGUCCAACAUCAACGUCGUCGGCGAGGGCGUCUCGGCUCAAGGUUUCUUCUGGAAGGCUGCCGAUGACUUGCAGUGGAUGUGCGCGCGUUCCAACAGAACCAACCUGGUGCGGUUCGGCUCUGUGGUGGACCAGCAGUGGUGCAGGAGGCCGAGUGCAGACUCAGUCUACGUCUCCCUCAGCCGCUGCUUCGAUGCCGGGCAUCGAAUCUCCUUCACCUUCCAGGUCCAGAACCUGAACGUGAUCUCUCUCCCCCCACAGCCCCUCCUCAUCUCUGUUCUUGGGGAAGGCGUCUCGGUAGCACAGCAGCGGCUCCCCCCGGCUCCUGUCACCAGCGUCAUCAUCACAGAGUGCACCGGCCAGUCUUCCUGCAUUACAUCCAUCUUGCAAGACCCGACGUGUUAUCGCACGGACUGUCGCUUCCUCCCUCCUACAGCUCGGCUCGACGCUGCUCUCCUCUCCCUCGAGGUUCUCUGCACAGACCUUGAGGACGCAGGUAAGUACGUCGAGCGGGUGGGAGUCUGCAAGGCGGACGAUUGCAGCCAGUACGGGGCGGACUAUCACUGGGAUCAGACCCUUAACCGAUGCUGUGACUCUAAGAGGAUCUGUAAGGACUACCAGUGCUCGGGCACCCUCAGUAGCUGGACUUCAGGUCCGUGGUCGGGCUGCUCCAACAACUGCACGCGCCGGAGGACUGUGCUGCAGUCAGUCAACAUCCUGCCCAUCCUCUGCGACGGCAGCGGUCCAUGCAUGAGCCCUUCCUCCUUCGUCGUCGUCCUCUCGUUGUCAGCUCUAGUUCAGCAGGCUCGUUGCUCCCGCAACGUGCUGGAUGCGUUGGUGAACCUGGAGCUCAAGUACUCCUACGACUCUCUAGCGUUCGCCACCGAGAUUGCGAGGAUCCAGCUGUUUGACUUGCAGGAGAGCACCAACGUGUCGCAGUCGGAGAAUCUUCUCCAAGGGCUCCUCCAGCUGAGCGGGAGGGUGUCUAAGGGAAAUGAGCUGAGAAUCACUGGACUACUGGGCAGCCAGACGGAGGACGCGAAGAACAUCUCGAUCCACAGCCUCAAGUGCAGCAUAGACGCUAGGAAGCAGCGAACCUGCCAGGAGGCGGCCGUCGGAGUCUUCCAACCGAGAGGGGAGUGGGAGAGGGCAACUGGGACCAUGAGGCUGGUGUUCGAUGCCGACGUGCCAGCCAUGAGCAUCUUCGGGUUUCGAUUCAGAAUCCUCAAUGCUGCCGUGUCUCAGCCUGCCGUCUUCCCAACGGCUACCGUCAGGUCCUCGACCUCCCAGGACGCCGUCUCCUCUCAGGUGGGAGUUCUCUCCUCUGCCGCCCCGCCCAAGAUACAAGAGGCCCUCUUCUCGCAAGACAACCUGAUCCUGGAGGGGCUCGUGCGAGUUCAGCUCAUCCUCCGCUGCAACUUCGAGAUGUCGCAAGGCACCGUCGUCUCCAUGAUCGGGCUCCUCAACAGCAGGACGUCAGACUCUGACUCCCUCCAGGUCAACUUGACCUCGGAGACCCGCAGUGCACGGUGGAAGCAGAGCACGGGGACGGUGACUUUGACUCUGUCUCGUCCUGUAGAGAGUGGCUCCCAGUCGCUCAUCUCGUUCUAUCUCCUUCGCCCCACCCUCAAAGUUGAUCCUGCUCCAGUCACAAUCGUGAUCUUGACACCAGGGUCACGGCUCUCAGUCACACAGCAACUUGGCUUGUUUGCGUUGGGGAACAACGAGGAGGCAAGCUUCCGGGACCUGCUCGUCUGGGACGAGACGACAGUGGCGGGAGAGAACAACCAGGUCUCCAUCGCCUUCUCGCCCAACUUUAACCUACCCAGGGGAUGCGAGCUGAUGAUCGCAGGACUAACAAGAGGUGCUGCGGACGCGGGGUCCACCUUCCCGGUCACCUUGCAAGCAGACUCAUCAGCUAUGUCGACGACAGCGAUAUGGCACGCAAGCGAUCUUUCCUUCUCCUUGGCUCUCCCGCAAAAGUUCUCCGCCUACCGGAGGCUUGUUCUGUCCUUCAACCUACAGAAUCUCCCAGCACUAUCCCCAGCAAGGAAGGUGUUUGUCUCCGGCUACUGCAAGAACGCCCUCAACGUCCCUUGGCUUGAAGCCUCCGGCCAAGUGCAGAAGGUCGAUCAGGCUCCUCUCAUCAGCCUCGCGAGUGUGGCCGAGAGCUCUCAGUCAGCCUCCAAGAACUCCACCAUCUCUCUACUCCUCAGGACCAACCUAAUACUCCGAGCUCGCUCCACCAACGUGGAGGUCACGGGGCUGGUCAGCUCACCGACUGAUCAGACUUCGGUUGAGGUCUGCCUGGGCAACAGCGAGUCCUGGACGAGUGACGGGACUUGCUCGGUUGUUCCCAGCUCAGCACAGUGGCAGAGGGCUUCCGGAACUUUGCGCAUCAGCUUCCAGCAGGACGUGGCGGCGGACCGUUACCUCCUCGUUACUUUUACCCUACUGAACCCCCCGCAAAAUGUACAGAAGAACCUAAAGGUCUCCGUCUAUCAGGCUCUUGCCAGCAGCUUCACCAAAGUCAAGGACGUCGCUGUCUUCGCUCCGACGGGAUCAGCCCUGUCGUCGUCACCGUCAGGUGCUGCCUCCUCCUUCUUCAUGCAGCAGUCCUCCUUCAUACAGGGAGCGAUCAGCAACAUGCGCAUGCAGUUUCAGUUUUCCUUUCCCAUGGGUCCAAACUUGCGCGUGACUGUCUUGGGACUUAUUGGAUCGCCAGUGAGGCAGGAUGGUCAAGUGCAGCUUGAUGGACCUGACGCGGACUUGUUCGGGCGGCGAGCAGUCUGGGACUCGACAAGCUCCUCGCUGCUGUUUCAAGUUGCAACCUCGGCCUUCAAGCCCUUCAACCAGCUGGUUCAGUUGAGCUUUCUGUUCCGCAACCCUUACUUCUCCACUCCCGGCGGGGUUGACCCGCGCUUGACCUGCGAUCACUUGGCCCAGCCGUAUCUCUGCGCAUCCUGCAAGCUCUUUAACGUCUCCAGCCAGCCUGUCUGGCGAGAGACCUCGAUCUCCGAGUCCUCGUCGGUCAGGGGCGCCGUUAACACCGUCACCCUCAAACUUGUGGCCUCCGUUCAACUUCCGGCAAACACCGACAUAACGGUGGUCGGCAUUUCCUCCGGUCAGCUAGGAAGUCUGUCCAGCGGCGGUUUGAACGCUUCUUCCAUCCGCGCGAUCUCAGUUGACUCGCAAGGGACCGUUCACGUUCUCACAAACGCGAGUGUGAUGGACUCCGAACCCUUCCAGUUUGACCUGCAAGUUACGAAUCCUUCCAAGACAAGCGCCCCCGCGAAUCUCACGGUGGGAGCAGUAUACGUCUCUGCCUCCAAGACCUUCAGCAUGCCCUUGGCCAGUCUAGUGGGAUCGGUCUUGACAGGAAGUGAAGAACCAGCGUUCCUCAUCGCUGCUGUUACUGAGAGCUCGUCCAUAGAUGGAGCGCAGAACAAGAUAGACGUCAGAUUGGUCGCCAACAUCGGAAUCCGGGUUGCGGACAAGAUUACCAUAUCCAAUCUUGAUGUGACCUUCCCGUCCAUCUCCGGUACUUCAGUUGGAAUCACAAGCUCAGUGCUGGAGGCGGUUGGCCUGUACACCAAGGCGACCAAGUCUCUUGUCUUGACUCCGAGGUUCACUUUGCCUGCGAAGCAAGAAAUCAGGUUCAGCUUCGUGGUCUACAACCCCAAGAGUCCGUUGAGUCCUGUCGAGCUGCUGGCGUCCACUCCCUCCAUCGCAAACUCGGUGUUGAAGGACCCGCUUGCUGUAUGGAACGAGGGCUUCCUCAAGUGGAAGGGAGCGCAAGACCCUACCCUAGCUCGAAGUUCAAUUCUCAAUGGAGGAGACGUUUACAGCUGGAGUCUGGUCGAGCUGUCGGAGUCCAGCACGGUGGCUGGGCAGCCAAACACUCUCACGUUCCAGAUUCGACCCAACGUGGACGUGGAGGCCGGGUCAGGCAUGACGAUCUCAGGCAUCUCAGGUACCGCGACCCCUGACUCGACGUCCCUCAACAUCCAUGGCCUCAACACCGUCGGGACGUGGACCAGGGCGAGCGGGACAGUAACGUUCCGAAUCCCCGUGGCUCUGACGCAAAACUCCACCCUGACGAUUCAGAUUCAGAUCCUCAACGGGAUGACGUUGCAGCUGCCUGCAAGGCCGCAGGUCUCCUUGUCUGGAUCCAGCCCCCUCCAGGAGACCAUCGCCAUCCCAUCCACAGCUGUCCGCACUGCCGACUCCUGCUGCCUGACCUUCUCCGGCGUCGCAGUCUUCCUCAACGCGUCAGUCACCGAGAAGACAGCUGUUGUUGGAGAGGAGAACAUCCUUGAGUUUUUCUUCAGAACCAACAUCGAGAUUCCUCUUACAAGCACUCUCCUCAUCUCCGGACUUGAUCAGGCCCGCUCCCUGGAGAACCCCAACAUCCUGCCCCCAUCGCUGUCAUCGGGGUUGGCACAGUGGGAUGCUCAAAACAAUUUGCGGGUUCAGAUGUCAGAGUCGCUCUUUGACCCUUGCUGCUCCUCCUCGCUCUCAAGCUGCCAACACAACUCGCUCAUGCUUCGAGUGCAAGUGAAGAAUCCUUCCGUCCCGUCUCCGCCAAGGGCCCUCAGGGCCUCGCUGCUGAACGCGCAAGGGGCUGCCCUCAUAACAGCAUGUGACGUUGCAGGAGCAGGCGACGUGCUGCGAGGAUCUCAACCAGCCAGUUUGAUCGGAACCUUCACUCAGCUUUCUCCAACAGCCGACAGCUCGUCGAACAACGUCACCGACCAGAUCUCCAUCCUGACCAGUGUGGGACUGACCAGAUGUACUUCAACGGUGAGGAGCGGGCAGACUUCGUGGAUCGUGGGCGCGACGCCUCCGGAAGGGAAUCAGUACCUGUUCGAUGGGCUCAAGGGCACAGUGGACGGCACGAAAGUCGCUCGAGGCAAAGCCAUCGACCUUGACUUCGGGGAGAACUACCUCCUAGAGCAGUUUACCGUCUACAUCCGCACGGUCGACGUCUGCGCGCUCAAGGAUGCGGAGCUGUACUAUCUCGACCAGUCCACAGGAACAUGGAGGCUGGGUCUAACGUUUCACAUCGCACCGACUUUGUCGUCCAACGUCAGCUCCUUUGCUUCACCUCCGAUCGUGGCAAGGCAGUUCCGGAUCCUACCGAUCUCACCUCAAGACAACUUCGCCUCAUGCACAUACUCGCUGCUGCAAGAAGUUGAGUUCCUGUCUUGUCGGCAGAGUCAGUGCAGUCAACUUACCAUCUCAAACAUCACAAGCCCUCCCUCGGGCGGCUCCAUCGUGACCUUCCUUGACUUCCCACCGUUCCUCAUGUCCUACGGCUAUUGGGACGCGGCGAAUAAGAACAUCAGCGUCUUUGCCAUCUCCAACUCUCCAGCAUAUCGGGAGAUCAAAAUUUCAGCUAGCUUUCUGAAAACAGGCAUCCAGUCGAGAAACUACUUCACUGCUAGCUUACGUGAUCCCAAGGGAUUUCAAAACAUUCCUGAAACACCGUUGAGGUUCGUGAACUUGACUUCUCAGCCUUCAGGCAGUUCGUCAUCUCAGACAAGUCCCUCCAUUGUGCUCGCAUUCUCAGAGACUCUCGUCGGUCAGACCUCGAGCAUGGCUGGGGCGAGGAACUUGAUUUCCGUCACCCUCACUGCAGCUGUGGAUCUUGCAAAGGGUCAGCAGGUCACUAUCAAGGGCUUCAACGGACCAACGUCGAGCUCUCAAACUCUCGUUCCUGUCUCGCCCUCUGGGAUCCUCUCCACCACCUUCACGUGGCAGAACCUCUGCGCGGAUCAGCCGAACCCAUGCGGAGAGGUCACCUUCACUUUGACCGCCGCAUGGUCAAGAGGUCUGAGAGUGACGGCAACCAUGGAGUUUGUCAACAUGAAUGACUUGCGUCCUUUGACUUCACCUCUGACCCUUUCGGUGUCUCCAGCCUUCGCAUCGCAAACUCUCUGCAAGGUGAUGAAUGCUCAAGACCCCGGGGUAUGUCAGCAGGCAGCCGACGUCCUCAAUGUCGACCGCUACCCUGGACUUGUCAACGCAUCCGUAUCGCAGGGAUCUGGUGUGGUCGGUCAGAAGAACUUGAUCACUGUGAAUGUGAUGCCCAACUUCGAGGUCAGGGCCGGCAGCUUGUUGAACUUGCUCGGCCUUGUGAACGUGGAUGUCUUGUACAGUGACAUCAUAUACGACAACUCGAACGCGAACUUGCAAGCGCUCUCGUGGAGCAAGGAUACGGGGACGCUGACAUUCAAGGCUAUCAACCCGCUGAACGGAGAGGCUAGCCCUUCGUUCUCUUUCUCCUUCGCCGUGACAAACUUCCAAUCACCGGCAAGCUCUCCCUUCAACCUCAACAUCAGCGGAGUUUACUCCGACAGCGUCGGGAGCUGCGGCAGGAAGAUCUGCGACCUUCUGGGGGCCUCAGGGCCUGCUAUAUCUCAGCCCUUCACGUCAGCAGUCCCGUUCACCGUCUCUCCUCCUCACCUCCUUCAAGCCCUGGAGUCUCCUGGUUUUGCUGUGCUGACAGUGUCUGAGAGUUCCAACGUGUCAUCCCAAGACAAUCUCAUCACCAUCGAGCUCGUUCCUAACGUGAUGGUUUUCCCUGACACCAAGAUCACCUUGUUGGACCUCGGGUCGCCCUCACCGGCCAAUGCAAACUUCCCCAUGCUAGCAAGCAAUCAAUCAAUCUCCGGGCAAUGGGACGGGAGCGGGUCACUGACCUUCUCCCUUUCGUAUCCUCUCUACGCCUACAAGACUGAUCUCCUGCUCAAGUUCCUCUUGAAGAAUCCUGCUUCCAUCCAGCAACCAAAGGAUGUGCGAGUGUUGUUUGCGGGAUCGAGCACACAAAAAUUGGUUGGAAGCAUUCUUCGGGCAGCAGACACAGCGAAGAUCGUUACACUCACAGUAGCAGAGUCAUCCUCCAUUGUGUUGGAAGAUAACACCCUAAGUUUCCAGCUUGCUUCCAACGUCCCACUGAUCCAGGGAACUAUGAUCAAUGUGUCGAACCUGACGGGAAGGUAUGAAAGCCUCGAGCUGGUCAAGCAGUGCCAAGACAGCCUCGCAAGCGGUGCUGGCACAGGGCUUGUGACGUACGUGUCAACGAGGCAGUUGACCAUCAAUGUCAAUGACUUGGUUGUUUCUGCUGCCAAUGACCAGAUCAGUUUUCUGCUUCCGAGAAGUUAUCGCGCGUUUGAGACCGUUCGCUUCAGCUUCACAGUGAUCAACUGGAACUCUCUCCGACCGCAGGCUGUCGUCCCUCAAGUCUCUGCUGUCGGCUGCUCCGCCUUGUUGAGCCUCAGGGGCGACAUGUCGUGCGAUGCCAACGGUCGGGUGGAGCUCCCGAGGACUUCAGCUCGAGGAGAAGUGCUGAGAUCAGGCGCAGCCCCCUUCAUCCUUGAGAGGAGGAUCGAGGAGACCAGCAGCCUGCUGGGAGAGAUGAACCUAAUCGUCGCAAGCCUCAGGUUCAACUUCGACCUCAUCGUCGGCACCUCCCUCGUCCUCGGGAACUUCUCCAGCGGACUCGGCGCUCCGUUCGGGUCGUCGACGCCGAGCGGAUCGAUCAGCCUCGAGGGCGAGGACGCCGUGUGGUUCAACUCAAUGGCGACGUGGAGACAGGAGGCCAGCACUUUGACCCUGGUGGUGACGAGAGUCGUACCGGCGAAUCGCAGCCUCUCGAUCCGGUUCUCGUUGCGGAACAUGCAGUCGCUACCCCUCUCCAGAUGCGCCCUGGGCUCCCCGUACUGCUCGGCAGGGGUCAACCAGGGCCAGUACUGCACGUCAGUCGGUGGCUUGUGCGCAGGACAGUGCAAGAACGGCAACAACAUAUGCGUCGCUCAGAUCUGCGCUCCUCCCAACACAGGGAGUCAGUGCCCUGUGACCAGCCUGCUCUCCUCGAAGGGAACGGGAGGGCCUCCUCCUCUCGCCGCCUACCCGUACGGGUACGCAACCAACGUCUUUGACUCGGGGAACGGACCUGUGGAAUUGAAGGGGGCAACGUGCACGGGAGGAGGUCAGUGCCUUGACUCUGGAAACUGUGUCGCCCCCAAUACUGGCAGCAUCUGUACGAGCCACUCGAUGUGCACUGGGGUUAUCACAGAGUCGUCGACGAUUCCAAACUCUUACAACAUCCUCACUCUCAGUCUAGUUGCAAACUUCAAGAUCCUGGAUAUCAACACAGUGUCGUUGACAUUGAAAGGUCUGCGCAUUGCCGACUCUUCUGGAAAGUUGCCUGUGAUGGGAGGUGAACAAGGGCUGCUGAAGGAGGUGAAUUGUACUCAGAACAGCUCAAGCUUCACCUGUCGCUCUGUUGGGGCAGGGCUUGUGUCCAGUGACAGCAUUCUUUUGGAGGCAAAAGCAGACUUGGAGAUUUAUUGCAAGUCAUCGUCGGAUGUUGUUUUGAAAUCAGUCAGGGCGGCCUGCAAUGAUAUCACAGAUUCAAUUUUCAACUUCCCUUGCAGCCAGUAUCCUAAUUGUCUCAACGGUUGGUGCAAGGCUUUCACAAACCUUGACAUUGUUCCUUUCCUCUCUGCCAGCUCUUCCUGCAGCUCGCAGUCACCUCAGGGAUUCGACCUUCAGAUCUCCUCCAACGACGAAAACGUUCACGCUCGCGUUCUUGUGCGGUCAAAUGUCACUAAGGAAUAUGCAACAUGGGACACUGCGUCGCAGAUCGUCACGAUAGCAGGAAACAAGGCGGUGAGCGGCUUCAUCAACCAGAACACCCUCAAGUUUUCCUUCCGAGUCAAGAACCCUCAGCCAUCGACAGUGUCCCCCACCCUUACCAUCACCGGAAACACUGGAGACCUCAAGGCUAUCGGGAUAUGCGAGGAUCAGCUACAGCCCGGCUGUACCGCCGCCAACGAGCCCAGCCCUCUACGGAGCAUCGUGACAGGACAAGUGCUGAAGGCGAAUGGAAUGGCGACCAUCGAAUCUCUCACCAUCGCUGAGUCCACUGACUUCAAAGGACUUUCCAACACCAUCUCAGUGUCACUGGAGUCGUUGAGGUACAAGUUUCCAUCAGACAUGACCAUCACAGUUAUGGGUCUCACUGGGUCGUCAACGACGAGCGGCAAGAUAGCUGUCUCAGGCAACCGACUGUCAAGGUACGCGGAAUGGGACGCCGCCACCGGAAACCUGAAGCUGACUGUGACGUACCUUCCUGCCCUCGAGACCGACCCCUUGCUGUUUUCUUUUGUCUUGACGAAUCCCGCAUCAGCCCAAAACAAGCUCGUUCCGCAAUGGACUGCAGCUCAUGCCGGGACCAGCCUUGCCUUUGCUGUGCAGACUUUUGUAUGCGCAAGCUCGUUGAACUGUCAGGGGAUCCUGGGCGCAUCGAGAGAUCUCACGAUCUCAUCAUGGAAUGUCGCAUCUCAGGAUUAUGUGAGUGGAAGCAAGAAUAGCUUGCAGUUCUUCUUCGAGUCGAACAUCAAGUUGACAUCUCCGACAGUCACGUUGACAGUCUCCGGGAUUCCACAGUCUUCCCUCGACUUUCACCCAGCCUCUACUGCAGUUCGCUUGUACUCAUGUGACCGAGUUAUUCAGAGGUCUUUCAUUUGCUCGGGCCGAGAUCUUUGUGCUUCCUACCUUGACCUGAAGCCUCCCAACGGGACUUUCCUGACAGAUGCACAUAUGACUCUGAACUUGUCUUGCACUUUAGCGGCAGCGAUCAAGGCGAUUCACUUUUGUGACCAACCUGUUUCGUACCAGUAUCAGGCUGAGACAUGUAUUGGAAGUUACAUUGUCAAUGUGACCGAUAUCGUCAGUCCUUGUGUUUCGUCUUCGAAAGCGAAGCUGCUGGUCGAGGCACCCGGAUUGGACACUAAUGUUGCGAUAGAUCUCUUUCUCAGUUACGCCUUCGACACUCGUUCUCCCAGACUCGUCUUUGUUCCAUCUACAAACAGCCUCGUGCUCACAAUGUCACCAAGACCAGAAGAGUUUUGGAAACAUUCCGCUCUUUCAUACCUCAACGGAAGAUAUCAGAACAUGAUAGCUCUUUGCCUUCACGCAACGAAUCCAGCAGGAAAUUCUCCUCCUGUGUUCCCAGGGCUCACAGCAUCUCUCGGCAGCAUCAACGUGGCUACGUCAAGUGCACUUGUCAACGGCGUUCUCGGAGCCCAGGUGCUGCCCUGCUCGGGUGUCCAGACCAUCGUUACAACAGGAAGUUAUCCAGCUGACGGGUACUGGAUCUUCAACUAUGACAACAUCUACUUGAACAAGACGUCGUGCAACUUCAUCAUUCAACCUUCAAAGUCGCCUGAUAUGCUCAUCAAGGUACAGUUCACAGGGUUUGAUAUCUCGAUGAAGACAGAUGUCGUUCGAGUUUAUGACGGGGACUCCACAGACGCCUUGUUGAUCGGCGCUGUUGUUGACAACAACUUCGAGUACCUUUACACUGGCGACGGGCAGCCCUUCUCCUCAAAAAUGAUUUUCUACACACAAAACUGCAAUUUUCUGAUACGCUUGGAACGAUACACCAACAAUGGGCUACAAUUCCAGCAAAGCUUGAACAAGGGAUUUCAAUUGCAAAUCGAACUGAAGAACCCGAAUUUGAUGGAUCAUAUCAUCACAACGAUUCAAUAUCAAGGAGGUCUCUUGACAGACCUGCAGGUGCAAAAGAUCAGAUCGUCUCUCGCUCUCAGCUUGGGUCUGAUGUUGUCAUAUGUGAUCGUAGAAUCGACAACCCAGUCCUCACGUUCUCUUAUCGACAGGGAAACUUCUGCUGCCAUGCUCCAGGGAGCGCUGGACCGCUUUGUAAGGAAUGGAAAGGCUCGAGCGUAUCAAACCAUCUCCUUGCGCAUCCUAGCGAACUCGAACAGUGAAGCAGUCCAGGUCCUGAGCGAGCUCAAGAAGACCAUCUCCUCUGGCACUCUCACUCAGCAGAUUCGCUCUGCGGGUCUGACUGGGUCUGUAUCACUGGUCAGCUCUGCCUUGUAUCGAUGCGGCAUCGAGAUCAUCUGCGUCGUCGUUAACCAAGUCGUUACCACCGCCCCUAUCAUCAUAGAGAAUGUUACCAUGACCACUCCCAAGCCUUUCCCUGUCCAGAAAGUCGUCAAGAUCGUCGCUUUCGUCGUGGUUCCACUUUGUUCCGCGUGUGCUCUGAUAUGCUGCGGAGUGAUCUUUGCGGCGUAUCGCACAUACUCGCGCAAGUUGAAACUCAGAAACGCGACGAAGAGUAAGUACCUGGAGUGGCUGGAGGAGCACAAGGAGGGUCUCCAUGGAGUUGACGGAAAUCUCAAGCAAGUGUGCACAGAAUGUGACUUCAACUACAGAUUUCUAGAAGCAGACUGGGAUCUCUACGUUGAUGAAUUUUGUGCAAAAUACUUCAUGCAUUUCGAGGCUGACAAGAAAACUUGGGCGAGUUUGCCGAAAGAUUUCCCCAUGCGGUGUGCUCAACUUGCGAAAGAUAAAGUGGAAGGAACAGACAAGAAGAAGAAGUCGUCUAUGUUGCAGAUCGCAAUCUGA